CUGUACAUCCGCUCUGUGACUGUUGCUGUCUGGCAGCUAUGACAACGAAGUUCAAAAGUUGGAUGAAUGGCUUCACAGAAGAAGAAGAAGCAGCUUUCCUCCUCCAAAGUGCAUCAGAGAUCUCUGAAAUGCACCGUAUACUUGGACGUUCACAGAGUCACAUGUCCAGGAGUGCUCCUGUCGAAAAAGAAUGAUAUCUACCUCAGUGUCUCUAUCAUGGGCCAGUACAGGAAGACCCCCUGUUUGCCACCUGCGUUCCCAUUACUCUUUGACCACAAAAUGGUAUUUGUCAAGACUUUCCCCGGUGUUGUUGACCCUGCUGAUGUAGCUGACCUCCUCGAAGCUGACACAACAUCUUUUGAGCUGAUUCAGUUGGUGCCUCCAGAGGGUGAGGUCCUUGCCACCAUGGAGGAAAACAGCAGAGAUUUCCUGUACCCUGGUCUCAGACUGAGCUCCAGAGAAGGAGCUGCGGAGAGAGAAAUACUGAUGAAGAGAUCAUCCUCGUUUCCUGGAAUCUCCCCCAAAGUGGAGUUCAGCACGACAUCAGUCACACAAGAGAGUGAUGGGAGGGACAGCUGGCAUCCCUCACCUACUUCCUGUUUUUUUCCAGGGAGGCCAUCUUUAACCUCAUCAGUGAAAAAGUCAUCACAAUCCAGGAGGCAUUUUUCUAAAAUAGAUGAUACAAACUGUGUCUCUUCUUCAAAAGGUGGGAACGAAAAGCUGGAUGUUGAGGCAAGAAUUACUAGCUCUGCUCCGUCCUCUACAUCCACACGCUCCCCUUCUUUACACAAAUCUCGCCGCAGUCCCCAGAAACACAAGAAGGAGAGAAAUCACACCUCUGUCAGAGUUUCUGUAGACUCUGGCUACCAGCAACCCACAGUUUCCUCAAGGACACGAGCCUUGUCCCCUUACACCCACCGCAAGAUGUGCCAGCUCUCAGAGGACGCCCGGCAGAGGCUCAGCCAUCUCCAGCUGGGGCCUCACCACUUCAGGAAGGAGACUGAGAGCCAGCCGCCCUUCUUGGUCUCUAGUUGCAGUAAUGUCUCUGGGAUGGGAACUCCCUCUUCCUCCCCACAGAGUGGUAGUAUGCUUCGACACUCUGUAAGCUUCACGUCUGAUUACACAGAUUGUUCUCUCCUGGGGAGUUAUAGACCAAGAGCAAGAAAAGUCAAGUCAGGUUCUGUGAGGGACCGGCCGUCUCCAGAGACACAGUCCGGAUUUGAAGCCCAGACCACAAGCCCUGAGAGAGGUGCUGCGUUAGCUCAGUCCACCCUGAACGUGUCAAACUCCAGAAGUCCUCUGAACCUCAACCACUCCCUCAGAGAAAGACUCCAGACCAGUCGACCCAGUCCAUCCUACUGGGAGGAGAUUCACAGCCGAGUACAGAGGAUUCUGCAGACACACAAAACUACCUGGGACCAGCAAGUGACCUUCGACCUUUAACUUAUUGAUCCACACACAAGGUGCCCAAACCACUGUGAUCACAACAGAAAGACUAUUUACUGUCACUGUCUCCUCGUGUGUGUGUGUGUGUGUGUGUGUGUGUAGGAGUUGAUGCACAUACACACACACACGCACACCUGCGUACCUUCUUAACCUCAGGAUUUUAUCAUUCAGUGAGUCGAACCAUCUCACACACAUGUAUCUUCAUUUAUCUCCCUUUGAUGUUCAUUUAAAUUUCAACCCAUCGCAAGCACCUGCUGAGCCGUGCUUGGCGUCGUUACUCUUUGAAAAAGGCAGAAAAUUUGCAGGGGUUACGUUCAAAAGCAGAGCAGCAUGGCUUUCCUCCCACCCGUCAGCUGGGCUGUUCUUUUUUUCAACGCCCCAAUGGUGAAACCAAACAGAGACGUAGUCUAAUUUCUCUAAAGCUGUGUGAAAUUGGCUCAUGUAUAAAGAAGCAACAUUACGUGUGUGUGUGUGUGUGUGUGUGUAUGGGAAAGAGACAUGGUUGGAUGUAAGCUGCAGCUGUUAAGGGCUCAUCUCUCGUAACACAAAGAGAGACAAGAAGGUAGCCAAGAGCCACCGUUGGGAGCCAGCAGUUACAAGAGAUUUAAGAGAGAAGAGGAACAAAAGUAAUCCUGAAUGAAAGAGCAGGCGACACAAAGACAUCUAGCUUUAACAUAAAUUAAGACAGUCACUCAGAUCCAGAGUGUUGCACUAAAGUGUCUCUGACGUUCAAAGUGUUUGGAUGUCCUCAUCAGAGGUUAUCUGCUCUCUAUAUACAACACGUUCAGCCACAGGAGCUGAAUUACAUAUUUUAUCAACACUCAUAAAAUAAAAUACAGCUGUGUUGUGCACUCCCUUCACAGCUGUAUACACAGAUACAUUCAUUGAGUUCUGACUGAUAUUUAGUAUAGAAAGUGUAUUCUAUCUUACAGGAGGGAAUAGCUGAAACCGUGAGUGAUCACUUGGACUCUUAUAAUAAAUGUGCAGACAGGAUCUACUUAAUUAUAAAACUAAAUCUUGUCUUUGACCCUAUUAGCCAUGUGUCCAUCUCUACAGAGCCAGAGGAAAAAUGGCAGUCAGAUUGUGAUGCACACUUAAAAAGACAACAACAGGUGUAUCCAUUAACUUCUGACAGUCGUAAAUGUGUUUUUCAUGUUGAAUCUUGAAUAGAGCCAGUAAAAUAUUUGGGGAAUUAAUUCCCCAAGCUACUUGUGUGCAGAAGGUAAUAGUUUUAAAUUCUGCACUGACUUCAAAGUAUUUAUGACAGUGUAACAUUACAAACUGUGUGGAGUCUGCCUUUUAAUGUUAAUGUAAGCAGCAGCAGUACUCAUCAGGCAUUAAUGAUGGUUGAAAUUUCUUUAAUUUUUUAACAGAAUAACCAACUGCAUUAACGUAAUAAGUUUUUUUUUUUUUUUUAAAUGUAAGUAUAUGUAUCUCGCAACGUGAUGUAAAACAGUCAACUGAUGCUUCUUUAUGUGAUGAUGGUAAUAAUGUCAGUCCACAGAACAUGUUGCAGGAUAAAGAAGGUGAGCAAUUUAAUUUAUGUGCCAGUCAAAAUAAAGUAUUUUAAAACAGAAAACAAAGCCACUUGAAUUAAAGAAAUUGCAUUUUAAUGUUCA